UGCCAAAGACUCACACAGGCUUUCCCCUCCGGUUCUCGGACAUUUUUCCCCCUCGAUCCAACCACAGCGCCACCAAUUCACAUCGAGUCAAAAGAAAAAAAGUUGUCUCACAUAUACUUUUUGUAUAAACUUACUAUUCGGUAUAUAUCGGCUUCAAAUAUACCGACCAAAGUCUAUUCAUCAUUACCUUCUUCUCUCUUCAUCCAUUUCAUAUCAACUUCAUCUGUUCAACAUUAUAAUGCCAGAGAUUGGCCUGGGCGAGUCCAUUCCUCCCGACACGGCACAUGCCGUCAGUGUCUCUUUGCCAACAUGGAAAGCAAAUGUCGGAUACGAAGAGGGCGAGGAUUGGGUUGUGAACCGUCUGACGACGGGUUACCCUCGGUGAGCCGAGCCAUAUCAACUGUCGUGCUAUACGAAGUACCCUCACUUACAUGAAACUCCAACAGAUUCUUUGUCCAUAAAGGUAUUCAGGCUUUCGCCAAAGACAUUGUUGAUCGCUAUGGCAGUCCUGGUCAACAGGCCAUGCUCUUCCCUACACCGCGAGUGGCAAACCGCUGUCUAGACUUCAUCCUCCAGCGAAUCUCUCCUGAGCUGGCGAGUCAGGUUCGCAACAUUGACUUUACUCUGGACAAGUCAAAGGAGCUCUCGCCUGUGCUGAAGAAGCUCACUUCCACCAUCUCAGCUGUUGUUUAUCCCUCUGAGGUAUUUCCAAUUGCCAAGCAGUACUGGCAGCACACCGGCGAGGGCACGUCCAGUAGACGUGCUGAGUUCUGCCACGGCCUGUUCAAGGAUGAUCUCCUCAUCCCAGCUGCUCGAUCUCGGACUCCUCCUGAAGCCUCGCAGGGCAGACCUUUCCGCGGUCCAAGACGCUAUACUCGCCCGGGCUCAAUCGAUGGUGUCUCUUCUCCGGCCCCUUCAACGCCCAAGCAACCUUCGCCGGAGACUCCUGUUGAGUCUCUCGAGAGCUCACGUUUCCUUGAAGAGCGCUUUGGUAGAAACCUCGAUUUGUCCAUGGUUGAGCGUGCCAAGUCUGCUAUCCGUAGACGUAUCGCUGGAGCCAUGGCUCAUGACGUUGAUCUGAACAAUGGCCCUCUACCUGCAAUGACAUCCAACACUCGCGGCAUGCCCAACCUUGAGGAGAGCGACGUCUACCUUUAUCCUGCUGGCAUGAACGCCAUUUUUAAUGCUCACCGUGCGCUCCUUCACGCAAGAGAGCCAGCACAGAGUAUCAACUUUGGUUUCCCUUAUGUGGACACACUCAAGAUUCUGCAGAAGUUUGGCCCUGGCUGUCUCUUUUACGGACACGCAUCUGCAGAAGACCUCGAUGAUCUCGAGGCACGACUCAAGAACGGCGAGCGGUUCCUCGGCCUCUUCUGCGAGUUCCCUGGAAACCCCCUGUUGACAUGCCCUGACCUCACUCGCAUCCGCAAACUGGCGGAUGAAUACGACUUCGCAGUCGUUGUCGACGAGACCAUUGGCACAUUUGCCAAUAUCAACGUCCUCCCUGUUGCAGAUGUAGUUGUCAGCAGUCUCACAAAGAUCUUCUCGGGCGACUCCAAUGUCAUGGGUGGAGGGCUUGUUCUCAACCCUGAGAGCAAGUAUUACCUCACACUCAAGACUACCAUGAACGAGAUUUACGAAGACAACUACUGGCCUGAGGAUGUCAUCUUCAUGGAGAGGAACAGUCGCGACUUCGAAUCUCGAGUGGUCCGCAUCAACGCGAAUUCGGAUGCUAUCUGCGAAGUGCUGCGAACACAUCCCCUUGUCAAGAGCAUCUACUAUCCCAAGUACAAUGACUCCAAGUCUCACUACGAAAAGGUCCGUUUGCCAGAUGGCGGAUACGGCGGUCUACUUUCUGUCGUAUUUCAGCAAAAGGAGCAUGCUCAGGCCUUCUUUGACGCAUUGCCUCUUGCAAAGGGACCAAGUCUAGGAACAAAUUUCACAUUGGCCUCACCGUAUGUUCUCCUGGCCCACUACCAAGAACUGGAAUGGGCUGAGCAGUUUGGCGUUGAUCCUUAUCUUGUUCGUGUAAGCGUUGGUUUAGAGGAGACUACCGAACUUCAGGACACUUUUACAAACGCCUUGAAGGCGGCUGAGGCUGUGUCAAUUACGAGCUGAUGAUAAAAAGCAAAUAAAAGUGCUGUUUUCCUUGCACAUAAUCGUCAAUCUGCGUUCUAUAAAGUUCAUGCCAUUACUGUUCCGUACCGAUGCAGUCUUCCGUCGUAAAUCUAAAGAACGAUGUUAGUUGACUGUGCCCUUUACUGGUAGACAGAUGACACAGAACUUACAAAUGUCAUGGUUCUUUCUGAUGCAAAAGUCCGUGUCAAUCCAAGUCGCUCAAAUAUGCCGU